CUCGACAAGGCAUGGAGAGAAAGGAACGAUGGUCUGGCAACAUUCAUGUCCGAGAAAAUAGUUGACAAUGCAAACUACCUCGCCUUCCUACCUCCACGCGAUCGAGAACUAUUGGCGUCAAAGCUGCUCGAUAUUGGAAAAGCCAUUUUGCGCGCUGCUAAUCAAGGUGCGAAGUCGGGUCUAGAGGGACCCGUAAACGCGAUCCGGUGGCUCCAACGGGCGUUCUCUGUCAUUGAGCCCCUUGAUGCCACAACACAUGGCCUAGCUGAGUUGAAGCGAUCUAUUCUCAGGAGCCUGGCGCGUGGCUACUUCCUGUCGUCUUCAGAAGACCCGGAAAAUUUAAGCCGUGCAGAAGUAGUGAUUCAGGAGCUGAUCGACAACGUUGACGGAUCGGUCGACCAGGGGAGUUCUGAAUAUCAGCAGCUUCGUUGGAUGAGAUUGGCAGUCGUGAAACGACGUAAAGCUGGAGACUCCGCGAUUCUCGAAGCAUUAAACUCCAUCAUCGACUACACGUCGUUUUCCGAAGCAAACCUUGCAGAGUUUGUGCAGCUUACGUUUUUACAUAACCUGCUUUUAGUCUCACGCAGGCACGUCAGCGCCGUUGUUACAGCAGCCACUCAACGCUGCCUUAAUCGAGUGUUAGAACAACCUGAGAACGAUGCAUCUGUUGACAAACUUCUCUUAUCGCUCAUCUUUCACACUUCCAAGGACGAUGAUCACGCAAGGGCAAUGUUACUAAUUCAGAUUAAUAUGCAGCUAUUGUGGCAAUAUGGAAACCGCCAUUAUCAGAGCGCGGGGUGGGACGCCGCCGCUGGUUGGUACAUGUGCGGCGCACAUGCCGCGUUCAAGUGCCUAGGGCCGGUCAGCGACGCGAAGUGCUUCCGCAAGGCGGCCUUGUGCUACGUCCAUAAGAAGGAAUAUGCACGUGCGGCGUCCGUGAUUCGGAAGUGUUCAAGUAGUCAGGCGACCACUCAAUACGUGGUAUUCUUGAUCGCGGUGCACCAAGCGGUCCGGGCGGUACAAUCGAUGGUCACUGCUCCGGAUUUCGACCGGAAGAUGCUGCUUCUCGCGUGUCAGCUGUCACACGAGAUGGAUCUCAAAACGCUUUUGUUGACUGUUCUCAGAGCUCUGCUUGACACGCUGAAUGCACAGACUCGGCUUGAAUCUAUGGCGGAGGCUAUGACGCUCAUACGAUGCAUUAUACGGCUCGUUCUCAAACUCCUCGGAGAACCAGUUGCAAACAGGAGAGUUCUCAUAUCAACUUUGUUGCAAUACUUCUCCAGCGCAAGGUCUCUUGUCGAAGAUGCAUCACCAGAAAAUCGCGCAUUGGUCAUCAAAGAUCUAUCUUGGCUGUGGCGGACCGCGUACAACACGGCGAUUCAGGGGUGUUCGGAGUGGGACGAUGGUGAAGAGAAGUUAUCAGACAUGUUUGAAUUGUCCGUCCAGCUCCUCGAGCUCUACAUCGCACACUCGCCGGUCGGUGUGGACGCGAGCAUCCAUACAUACCUGAUUGACGCCUCAUUCGCUGCGAUAUCCGGGAGAGUCAUUUACCCUAUUAGCUCCGUUGUUCACGCGCCAGCCACAGUUAUCGCUCAACGCCUCCGCUCGCUGUCCGAUGGAAUCAAGGCGUGCAAGCGUAAAGUAUCCGCCAUCCUCGCAGAAGGCAGGAUUUCUUCCGAGCAGGAGACGGAGCAAGCCCAUGCCAUCAUUCACGUGCUCCGCGUGUUUGAGGUGGAGAUAUACGCCCAGUUGCACGACUGGGCUUCCUUGAUGCUAUCUGUAGAGGAGGCCAUUCAGUUUGACGCAUCUGCAGUCCUGACCUUUGAAGCUAUUGCCGACAUCCUGGUACGAGUCUAUGCACACGUCUUCUCUAGCUUCCUUCGUCUCACCCCGCACCAAUUUAGUAUGGGGAGAAAGAAUGUCCAGCCCAUGGUGCGUCCUCUGAAACAAGCCCAUUUGUUAGUAUGCGCUUACACACUCACGCCCGCUUCUGCUUCUAGUGCUCUAUACGGCCCUAGAGGUAGGUCAUACUUCAGAACGUUCUUUCAUAAAGCUGCAUUAGUACAUAUUUUGCCUGAUGUGAACAGGCUAUCCUGCGCGCAUGCCUUGACAGCCAACAGCUCUCCGUGGACAAGUUCUCUCGGUGGCUACGCGGCAUAUGCACGAUCCUUCUCUCGCGGAACACGGCGGAAGACCGAGCCAAAGCAGUGGGCUACGUGGAACAGGCUAUCGCGGUGCUCGAGGAACACGGUGACAUGGAACACCCGGUGA